CCGCCUGGCCGCAGGGUGUCACUGUGGUUCCACAUGUGAAAACAUCAUCCUCUCUGUGUGAUGCUGUCAGCUGAUCUGCCUCAGACUGUCUUUCCUGUUGCACUGUGGCGGAGCACAGACUGGAACUAUUAUUAAUGCAGCAUUUGAUCAUGAAGAGCUCCAAGGAAGCCGUACAGUCCGCUGCCAAAGACUUUCUGCAGUUUGUCAACAGAGGGGUGUCUCCAUAUCACGUGGUCGAAGAAUGCAGGCGGAGUCUGCUGGAGGCGGGGUUCAUUGAGCUGAAGGAGACGGAGCAGUGGGACAUCAAGCCGGCCAGCAAGUAUUUUGUGACCAGGAACUUCUCCAGCCUCAUUGCGUUCGCUGUAGGCGGACGCUACCUGCCAGGCAAUGGUUUCUCCAUGAUCGGAGCCCACACCGACAGCCCCUGCCUCAGGGUGAAAACGAGGUCAAAGAGGACAAAGCAGGGCUGCCUGCAGGUCGGGGUGGAGUGCUACGGUGGCGGCAUCUGGAACACCUGGUUCGACCGCGACCUGACCGUCGCCGGCCGCGUCAUGGUGAAGAGUGAUGGCAAGCUGGUCAGCCGGCUGGUCCACAUCUCCAGGCCUCUGCUCAGGAUCCCUCACCUGGCCAUCCACCUGCAGCGGGACGUCAACGACUCCUUUGGCCCGAACAAAGAGAACCACCUUGUGCCAAUUAUCGCCACUGUUGUCCAGGAGGAGCUGGAGACGGGCUGCGCUUCCUCUGGAGACGCCUCCUCUGCUGCCACCACUGCAGAGAAACACCACCCGGCGCUGGUGAAGGUGCUGUGUUCAGAGCUGGACGUCGAGCCCGAGGCCCUGCUGGACUUUGAGCUCUGUUUGGCCGACACUCAGCCUGCGGCUCUGGGAGGCGUAUACGAGGAGUUCAUUUACUCUCCUCGCCUGGACAACCUGCACAGCUGCUACUGCUCCCUGCAGGGGCUGCUGCAGUCCUGCGCUGGAGACUCUCUGGCCAAAGAUCCCAACAUCCGCAUGAUCGCUCUGUACGACAACGAGGAGGUGGGGUCAGAGAGCGCCCAGGGAGCUCAGUCCAACCUGACGGAGCUCAUCCUCAGCCGCCUCGCCUUCUCCCCCUCCAACCCAACCAGCUUCCAGCAGGCGGCGCCGCUCUCCUUCAUGAUCAGCGCUGACAUGGCGCACGCUGUGCACCCCAACUACCAGGAGAAGCAUGAAGAGAACCACCGACCAGCUUUCCACAAGGGCCCAGUGAUCAAGUUCAACAGUAACCAGCGCUAUGCUACCACCGCUGUCACCGCCUCCAUCGUGAGAGAGGUCGCCAGCCGCGUCGGCGUGCCUCUGCAGGACGUGAUGGUCCGUAACGACAGCCCGUGUGGAACCACAAUCGGACCGAUCCUGGCUGCCCGCCUCGGGAUCCCCGUAGUCGACAUCGGAGGUCCCCAGCUCUCCAUGCACUCCAUCAGGGAGAUGUGCUGCACCUCCAGUGUCCUGCAGAGCAAUACCCUCUUUAAGGGUUUCUUCGAGUUGUUCCCCGCAGUGAGGAGCACACUGAUCGUCGAUUAGAGCCCGGAAGGACCACAACUAAUGGAAAUAAACAAUCACUCGUCAUUUUUCACCAGAUGUUGAUGCAAAGAGUGUUGACGAUAAAGACAAAUCCAUCUCCAUAUUAAAACCCAACAAGUUGGAAUUGUCCUCUUGAUGAAAUUCACACACAAAAUGCACUUGUUGAUCUUUCUUAUGGAAUAAAAUUGUUCAGAAAAUAA